AUGAGACAGAAGAAGCCAACUCGUCAUCCUCUCCACUGGCUUUUAGAUAACUUAGGACAGACCCAGAUUCAAAGCCGAGCUUCCAAAGAAGCAAGUUGUAUAGAAGAGGCUGGCAGAGAAGACAGCACAGGACAGGAGAAACUACCCAUCUCAGGUGUGGAAGACAGAUUCAGCAUUGCUCCCUCUACUGGCAGCUUGGUGGACUGGCCCCUGAGAUGUCUGGAUGCACAAAGACGGCACACCCCCCAGUUCACCAAAGCAGGGGUUCCCAAGCCCCAGGCCUUGGACCCUGGGGCUGUUAGGAACGGUCCGCACAGGAGGAAAUGGCCUGAUUUCUCCGAGGGUUCUCAAACUAAUUAUAUGGAGUUCGGUGAAUGUGAAAGUCAGUUCUUCCUCUCUGUCCUCGUCUGGACAUUAGGCGUGAUCUUAGGCUGGAGUAUGUACCUGAAUGGAGGAAUCAGAAAACCAGGUCCAGCUGACUCUGCCCCUUACCAGGUGAAAAUCUCGGAUGCCUACAGGUCCCGAGACUUCUUGGACAGCCUGGUACUCUCCACCAGAGAAGAAGGGGAUUUAGGCCUAGUUUAUAGCUUUCAGUGGAGGCUUUUGGUGGCCGAAUACAAAGAUGUGGAUUUAAAUUAUUCAGGUCAAGGAGUAGACCAACUGCAAAAGGUGAUUGACACAAUCAAAACCAACCCUGAAGACAGAAGAAUCAUUCUACGUGCUUGGAAUCGAAAGAUCUUCCUCUCAUACCCCACCACCCUGCCCCUGUGCCACGCCCUUUGCCACUUCUACACGAUGAACCAUGACUGCCUGCAGCUGUACCAGAGGUCAGGAGACAGGGGCCUGAGUGUGUCCUUCAACAUCACCAGUUAUGCCCUGCUCACCUACAUGAUCGCACACAUCACAGGCCUGAAGCCAGGUGACUCCGUACACACUUUGGGAGAUGCACACAUUUACCUGGAUCACAUUGAGCUGCUGAAAAUGCAGCUUCAGGGAGAAUCAAGGCCUUUCCCAAAGCUCAAAAUCCUUGGAAAAGUUGAGAAAAUCGAUGACUUCAAGGCUGAAGACUUUCAGAUUGAAGGCUACAGUCCCCAUCCCACUAUUAAAAUGGAAAUGGCUACUUAG